AUGGACCGCCCAGAUGAGGGGCCUCCGUCCAAGACCCGCCGCCUGAGCAGCGCCCAGUCCCCUCAGCGGAACCCGCCGCCGCUGCCCCCGCCCCCCCCACCGCUCUGGCGACUGCCCCUGCCUCCACCCCAGCAGCGCCCAAGGCUCCGGGAGGAAACCGAGGCGGCACAGGUGCUGGCUGACAUGAGAGGGGUGGGACUGGACCCCGCGCUGCCCCCGCCGCCGCCCUAUGUUAUUCUCGAAGAGGGAGGGAUCCGCGCGUACUUCACCCUGGGCGCUGGGGGUCCCGGCUGGGAGCCUGCAGUCGAGUCAGGGUACGGGGAGGCACCCCCUCCCACAGGGAGCCUGGAAACAUUCCCCCCUUCCGAGGCCUCUGGGGGAAGCCUGGAAAUUGACUUUCAGGUUAUUGAGCCCAGCAGCCUUGCUGGAGAGAAGGCCCUAGAAACCUGUAGCGCAGAGGGGUGGGGGUCCCAGAGGUUAGUGGGCCCAAAGAGGAAGGAAGAGGCUGUCAUCAUAGUGGAAGAUGAGGAUGAGGAUGAGAAAGAAGCUGUGAGGAGCAGCAGGAGGAGGAGGAGGAGGAGGAGGAGGAAGCAGAGGAAGGCAAAGAAGGGAAGCACAGAGAGAAAUGUCGAGGGGAUGGAGAGCAUCCUGCAGGCACUGGAGAGCAUUCAACUGGACCUGGAGGUGGUGAACAUCAAGGCAGACAAGGCCUUCCUCCGUCUCAAGCGCAAGUUCAUCCAGAUGCGAAGACCCUUCCUGGAGCGCAGAGACCUUAUCAUCCAGCAUAUCCCAGGCUUCUGGGUCAAAGCAUUCCUCAACCACCCCAGAAUUUCAAUCUUGAUCAACCAACGUGAUGAAGACAUUUUCCGCUACUUGACCAACCUGCAGGUACAGGAUCUCAGACAUAUCUCCAUGGGCUACAAAAUGAAGCUGUACUUCCAGACAAACCCCUACUUUACAAACAUGGUGAUCGUUAAGGAGUUCCAACGUAACCGCUCGGGCCGUCUGGUGUGUCACUCCACCCCAAUCCGCUGGCACCGGGGCCAGGAACCCCAGUCCCACAGGCACAGGAAUCAGGACACCAGGCAGAGCUUCUUCAGCUGGUUCUCUGACCACAGCCUCCCAGAGGCUGACAGGAUUGCUGAGAUUAUCAAGAAUGACCUGUGGGUUAACCCUUUACGCUACUACAUGAGAGAAGGGGGCUACAGGUCGAACAGAAAGAAGCAAGAAGAGAAGGAAAGGCUUCCCCACAGGAAAAUCAAGCAUGAAUAUGAGGUGGUGAUCAUGGAAGACACUUACAACCAUUAUGCAGUGGAAGAUAUUUUCAGCGAGAUCUCAGACAUUGAUGAGACCACCGACAAUGAAACCAUUCAUGACAUCAAGAUCUCUGAUUUCAUGGAGACCACUGACUACUUCGAGACCACUGACAAUGAGAUAACUGACUUCAAUGAGAACGUCUGUGACUAUGAGAGCCCUGCCCACAGUGAGAACCCCAACAAGAUUGCUGAUGACAAUGAGACCACUGACAACAAUGAAAGUGCCAAUGACAACGAGAGCCCUGAUGACAACAGUGAGAACCUCAAAGACAAUAACAAGAACACCGAUGACAAUGAGAAUCUCGACAACAGUGAAUACCCUGAUGACAAUGAGAACGCUGAUGGUGACAAGAGCCUCAAAGGUGGCAACCAGGGCAGCAGUGGCAACAACCAAGACAGCAGUGACAGUGACAAUGAAGGAGAUGAAGGCAGUGAUGAUGAAGAUAAUGAUGGCAAUGAAGGUGACAAUGAAGGCAGUGAUGAUGAUGGCAAUGAAGGUGACAAUGAGGGCAGUGAUGAUGAUGACAGAGACAUUGAAUAUUACAAGAAUGACAUUCAAGACCUUGACAAGGAUCAGAAAAACAGCACCAACCAGUAUGACUACGAGGAUAAGGUAGAGAUCAUCUCAGAAGAAUCAAUGGAGGAAGAAGAGGAGAGCAGUGGGGAAGGGAGCAAGCACGGUGUGGCCGACUAUGAGGAGGAAGGAAGAAGCUACGAGGAGGAAGGAAGUGAAGACAACUGGGAAGGAGGGGAAGACUGGGAAGACUCCGACUUGGAGGAGGUGCUUCAUGUCCCAAACGCUUGGUCCACCCCUCUGGGGAAGAGGGGGAAAACCGGAUAAAGAUCUUACCCUUGUGGGGGCCGCCUCUCUAUGUCCCCGUCCCCCGUUUGCCCUCCCCCUCAGCUAGGGCCGCGCGGCCCCACAUUGCACUUCUGGGGGGUGACCGACUUCGUACACGGGUUUAAAAGUUUAUUUUUAUGGUUUAGUAUUUGCAGAGUUCUUAUUUUGGGGAGAGGCAAAGGGGGAUUCCCCCUUCUUUUGGUCCUCCUCAUCUGCAGGUUUCUGUGUGCUGCUAAAAGUGUUUAUUGUGAUGCCUUUGUCAGGGCCCCUCUAUCCCCCUUCUUGUUAGUGUUAGCACCAGCCCCUCUCCCCAUACUGUGUGGAGUGGACACCCUGUUCCUGACGCGGGGAGGGCUGCUGUGGCCUUCGUCACAGCCACGCAGUGGCCUUGGAGGCUCUGCUGCCGCCCUGUUCUCCCAAGUCUCUCUCCUCUCCCUCCAACCCUCUCCUUUUCCCGCCGUGCCCGCUAGCCCGCCUCGGUGUCUAUGCAAGGCCAAUUCGCCAUUGCGGUAUUCCUGUCCCCCUCCCCCAGAAGCCCCGCCUCUUUCCCUGUGAACCCUGGUAAUCCUAAUAAAGUUCUGAGCAAAUUCAAA